CAGAGAUGGGAAGAGAGGUAGUGAUAGCAGCAGCUAGGACACACAGACACUCAGACGUUGAGAUGGGAAGAGAGGUAGUGAUAACAGCAGCUAGGACACACAGACACACACACACACACACACACACACACACACACGCAGGCACACUGUUUUCUGUUUGCUGGGGAGCAGUUCUGUGGCAGCCUCUCUCCACAGCAGAUCCAUUAAACAGAUCGAACAUUCCCAGAGCUUUCCAAGGAAAAAGGGGGCCGGGAUGAGGAACCACACCACCAGCGAGGAUUAUGAGUAUGAGUAUUAUCACGAACACUACGCUGGCCUUCCGGACGUCCCCGUAGACUGCCCAGCCGGUUACUGCUUCUCUAGUGACGUCUACCUCAUAGUCUUGCUUGUGCUGUAUGCAGCCGUCUUCCUAGUGGGUGUGCCAGGCAACACCCUGGUGGCGUGGGUGACCUGGAAAGAGUCCCGCCACAGGCUUGGGGCCUCUUGGUUCCUGCACCUGACCAUGGCGGACUUGCUUUGCUGUGUGUCUAUGCCGUUCCUGGCUGUGCCCAUUGCCCAGAAGGGCCACUGGCCAUACGGGGCCGCAGGCUGCUGGCUGUUGCCGUCCAUCACCGUCCUGUCCAUGUACGCCAGCGUGCUGCUCCUGACCGGCCUCAGUGGCGACCUCUUCCUGUUGGCUUUCAGGCCCUCCUGGAAGGGUGCGGCGGAUCAUCGAACACUUGGGGUACGCGUGGUCCAGGUCUCCUCCUGGAUGCUCGCCCUGCUGCUGACUGUGCCUUCUGCUGUCUACCGCAGGCUGCUUCAGGAGCACUAUCCUCCCCGGCUUAUGUGUGGCACAGACUACGGGGGAUCGGUCAAGGCCGAGGCUGCCGUCACCACUGUUCGAUUCCUCUUUGCCUUCCUGGGGCCAUUGGUGUUCAUGGCCAGUUGCCACAGCAUCCUCCAGAGGCAGAUGGCCCGCCGCCAUUGGCCCCUGGGCACAGCUGUCGUGGUGGGGUUUUUCAUUUGCUGGACUCCCUUUCACAUCCUGCGGGUCAUCAUCGCGGUGGCUCCUCCGUACUCCGCGCUCCUUGGCCGGGUCCUGGUGGCCGAGCCUCUGGUUACCGGCCUGGCCCUCGCUCACAGUGCUCUCAAUCCCAUGAUGUUUUUGUAUUUCGGAAGAAAGCAACUCUGCAAAUCACUCCAGGCUGCAUGUCACUGGGCCCUGAGGGAUCCACAGAAUGAGGAAACCUCGGUGACCAAGGGAUCCACCAGCCACGAAAUGGUAUCUGAGAUGCCAGUGUAGGCAAGAGGGAUUUGGAUUUCCUAGGCCGUCGCACACCUGUGCAGUUUCCGGCAGCGCUGGAUGCAGGAGCUUAGCGAUGACUUUUAUUCUUCAUUCAAUAAACAUUCAUUGUGCACUUGCUUGUGCAAAACCCGAUAUAAAGGUGCCUGGGUCAGGAACGCUAGCACCCUAAAAAAAAAGGGUAAUGACUGAGCCGAAACUCGACUAGUGGUGGAGAGGGCAUCCAUGCUUAAAUCUGGGCAACUGUUCCAAGCAGAGAGCGAACACAAAGGCCUUGCGCUGUCUCCCAGGAACAAGGGUUCUUCCUUUCUUGCAAUCUCUUCCAUGAAAAUGCCCAGAUAAAUCCCAAGUCCCUUAAAAGUGAGAGAUGAACUCACUCCAUCUUUUAGAUUUUUGUAUUCCAUUUAAUUAUUUAUUGCCUGUGUUGGGAAGCAUGGAAGGAGGUGGGGGAGGGGAGGGAUGACGGUUAGAGGACAACUCCUCCUGUCAUGUGGGCCCUUGGGAUGAAAGAAGUACAUUUCCUCUGGUCAUACUCCAAUUGUUUUCAACUGGUCUGUGGGCCUGUUGAUGUUGCUGGUGUCUUUUUUGUUAAUUUAUUUUCAAGGAUCUUUAAACGAUUUUAUUUAAAAAAAAAAUCCAUACAGGUAUAUAUUACACAUUGAGUAGAUCCCCACCCUUACUCCAGGUUUGCAGAAUUUUAACACAUGUUGCAUACUGUGUCCAGACAACUCUCCUCCACAGAAACCUAGGGCCUGGCUUUGGUCUUGGUUUUCUUCUUGAUUUUUUUUUUUUUUUUUUUUUUUUU